UGUGUGAAGGCACCAUCAGUGGUGUGGUCAGGUCCAGUCAGGAGCAGCGGCACCGCGUCACGUCACUCUCACGCACAUCAUUCACGCUGACAUCAAACUUUUGAUCAAAAGUCCUGUUUGUCUCCAAAAGAAACUCCCCAUUAAUGUUUAGAGAUGUCUGGUGACUCGUGGGCCGUCGCUGUGGAUGUUCAAGAAGCCACAGCUCCAUCAUCCCUACAGAGUGACUUCUCAAAGAAAGUGGACCGACUGCGUGUUCCUCUCCACAUCAGAGGGGACAUCAAAGGGGACACCAGAGGGGACAUCAAUGGCAACAUCGUGCCGGUUCGGACUGACCAUGAGGCUGGCAGAGCAGGCUUGCAGAGGGACGGGGACAAAGUGGACCUGGCUGAGCAGUCCCUGCUGAAUAAGAUGAUCCGCUGCUCUCUGGUGCGGAACAGGAACCAGGUGGAGGUCCUGCAGCGAGACCCCACCUCUCCUCUCUACUCAGUCAAGACCUUUGAGGAGCUGAGGCUGAAGCCCGAGCUGCUGAAGGGGGUCUACAACCUGGGAUUCAACAGACCCUCCAGGAUCCAGGAGAACGCUCUGCCCAUGAUGCUGGCACAGCCACCUCAGAAUCUGAUCGCCCAGUCCCAGUCCGGCACAGGUAAAACUGCUGCUUUUUGUCUGGCCAUGCUCAGCCAUGUAACCCCAGACGAUAAGUGGACUCAGUGCCUUUGCGUCUCGCCAACAUAUGAGCUCGCUCUGCAGAUCGGUCAAGUAGUCGAGCAAAUGGGGAAAUUCUGUCCUGAUGUGAAACUGGCUUACGCCAUUCGGGGCAACAGACUGGAGCGAGGCAUCAAGUUACAGGAGCAGAUUGUCAUUGGAACACCAGGGACACUCCUCGACUGGUGCACCAAGUACAAGCUCAUUGACCCCAAGAAGAUUACUAUGUUUGUGCUCGACGAGGCUGAUGUGAUGAUCGCCACACAAGGUCAUCGGGACCAGAGCAUACGGAUCCAUAGACAGCUGACAAAGGACUGCCAGAUGCUCUUUUUCUCUGCAACCUUUGAGGACUCUGUGUGGGGGUUUGCAGAGAAGGUGGUUCCUGAUCCCAAUAUCAUCAGGCUGAAGCGCGAAGAGGAGACGCUGGACACCAUCAAGCAGCUCUAUGUUCCCUGUAGGGAGAAGGAGGACAAGUUCACAGCGCUCUGUAAUCUCUAUGGGAGCCUCACCAUUGCACAAGCCAUGAUCUUCUGCCAUACUCGCAAGAUGGCUGCUUGGCUGACAGCGAGCCUGACCUCAGAGGGGCACCAGGUGGCGUUACUGAGCGGGGAGAUGACUGUGGAGCAGAGAGCUGCCGUCAUCGAACGCUUCAGGAACGGCAAGGAGAAGGUGCUCGUGACCACCAACGUGUGCUCCAGAGGUAUUGACGUGGAACAAGUGUCGCUUGUGGUCAACUUUGACCUCCCCGUGGACCUGGAGGGGAACGCCGACAAUGAGACGUACCUUCACCUUGGCCGCACAGGACGCUUUGGCAGAAGAGGAUUCGCUGUCAAUAUGGUGGACAGCGAACACAGCAUGGAUAUUAUCAGACAGAUUGAGAUGCAUUUCAACAGGAGAAUCACCAAACUUGACACGACCAAUCUUGAUGAAAUGGAGAAGCUGAACAGCUGA